AUGAAAAUCACUUUUUCUUUUUUCUUUUCUUUCUUUCUUUUCUUUCUUUCUUUUUCUUUCGUCCCUCUUUCUUUUGUAGUUUUCUUUUUGCCUUUCUUUCUUUCUUUUUUUUCUUUCUUUCUUUCUUUCUUUCUUUUCUUUCUUUCUUUUGUAGUUUCUUUUUGCCUCUCAUUCUUUCUUUCUUUCUUUCUUUCUUUUGUAGUUUCUUUUUGUCUUUCUUUCUUUCUUUCUUUCUUUCUUUCUUUCUUUCUUCCCUCUUUCUUUUGUAGUUUCUUUUUGUCUUUCUUUCUUUCUUUCUUUCUUUCUUUCUUUCUUUCUUUCGUCCCUCUUUCUUUUGUAGUUUCUUUUUGCCUUUCAUUCUUUCUUUCUUUCUUUCUUUCUUUCUUUCUUUUUGUCUUUCAUUCUUUCUUUCUUUCUUUCUUACUUUCUUUAUUUCUUUCUUUCUUUAUUUCUUUCUUUCUUUCUUAUUAUUCCACGUUCUUGUAUUCCCUAUUUCGUGUCGUUAUUGACUCAUUAUUCUCUUUCUUUUUCAUUCAGUGUUAUUCUUUUUCAUCGUCUUUAUUUUUAUAG